UAAAAGCCAACCAAAUUUCAACUCCCACUACUCCCCAGCACACAAAGCACGCCUCCUCAACACAACUACACCCAGCUAUGGAGGACUGACGACUCAGCACCCUCCACUCUCAAUUUUUACUCCGAUUCUCUUAACUCCUCUAAUGGCUUCUAUUUCCGGCAUUCGCUCCUCCUCCUCUCCCGCUCUCAAGCCCCGCCUCCGUCCGGCGUCUCUGCUCCGCCGCGACUCGGUUUCGUUCGCGACGGCGGCGCGGAAUAGGAGUGAUCGGAGCUGCUUGAGUGUCUCCGUGGCGCGGGAGAUCUCGGCGGAGGUGGCGAAGAGCGACGGCGGCGUGGUGGAGGAGGAGAGGAGGAAGAAGAAGGUGCUGGAGAAGGAUCCGAGGGCGCUGUGGCGGCGGUACGUGGACUGGCUCUACCAGCACAAGGAGCUAGGGUUGUAUUUGGAUGUGAGCCGGGUCGGGUUUACCGACGAGUUCGUGGCGGAAAUGGAGCCCCGGUUCCAGGCGGCGUUUAAGGCCAUGGAGGAGCUGGAGAAGGGCGCGAUUGCCAAUCCCGAUGAGCAGAGGAUGGUCGGCCAUUACUGGCUCCGCGACCCGACGCGAGCGCCGAACUCGUUUCUUAGGGUUCAGAUUGAGAACACGCUCGAGGUUCUGCUCAAGUUCUCCGACGAUGUCGUCAGCGGUAAGAUUAAGCCGCCGUCGUCGCCGGAGGGUCGGUUUACUCAGAUACUUUCUGUUGGGAUCGGAGGCUCAGCGCUUGGACCGCAGUUUGUUGCUGAGGCAUUGGCGCCUGACCUUCCUCCUUUGAAGAUACGAUUCAUUGACAAUACUGAUCCAGCAGGAAUUGAUCAUCAGAUUGCCCAGUUAGAUCAAGAGUUGGCUUCUACUCUUGUGAUCGUGAUUUCAAAGAGUGGAGGUACUCCUGAAACUAGAAAUGGCUUACUUGAAGUACAGAAGGCUUUCCGUGAAGCUGGCCUGAGUUUCGCAAAACAGGGUGUGGCUAUAACUCAAGAAAAUUCAUUAUUAGACAACACUGCUAGGAUUGAGGGCUGGUUAGCUAGAUUCCCCAUGUUUGACUGGGUUGGUGGAAGAACAUCUGAAAUGUCUGCAGUUGGUCUUCUUCCAGCAGCUCUUCAGGGAAUUGACAUUAAAGAAAUGCUCGCUGGUGGGAAGUUGAUGGAUGAGGCUAAUAGAACCACUGUGAUUAAGGAUAACCCUGCCGCUUUGCUUGCUUUAUGCUGGUAUUGGGCUACUGAUGGAGUGGGAUCCAAGGAUAUGGUUGUUCUUCCGUAUAAGGAUAGCCUAUUAUUAUUUAGUCGAUAUUUGCAGCAGUUGGUCAUGGAAUCUAUUGGGAAAGAAUUUGACCUUGACGGUAAUCGGGUAAAUCAAGGACUCACAGUGUAUGGAAAUAAAGGGAGCACGGAUCAGCAUGCAUACAUCCAACAACUGAGAGAUGGUGUGCACAAUUUCUUUGUGACAUUUAUUGAAGUGCUAAGGGAUAGGCCUCCUGGUCAUGAUUGGGAGCUUGAACCAGGUGUUACAUGUGGUGACUACCUAUUUGGAAUGCUACAGGGAACACGAUCAGCUCUUUAUUCUAAUGACCGAGAGUCGAUUACGGUUUCUGUAGAAGAAGUGACACCUAGAUCUGUAGGUGCUCUUAUAGCACUUUAUGAGAGAGCGGUUGGGAUUUAUGCCUCACUUGUCAACAUUAAUGCUUACCAUCAACCUGGUGUGGAGGCCGGGAAGAAAGCAGCCGGAGAAGUAUUAGCUCUUCAGAAACGGGUUUUACAAGUACUCAAUGAGGCCAGCUGUAAAGAGCCUGUUGAACCAUUGACAAUAGAUGAAAUAGCGGAUCGAUGCCACUCUCCCGAAGAUAUCGAAAUGAUUUACAAAAUCAUCGCUCACAUGGCGGCCAACGACAGAGCUCUUAUUGCUGAAGGCAGUUGCGGCUCACCACGAAGCGUCAAAGUUUUCCUCAACGAGUGUAAUGUCGAUGCAUUGUAUUCUUGAAUUUCAUUCGGUCUCCAAUCUCCAUGUGCCAUAGAAAAACAAGACAACAGAAAAGAGAGUACAUCUCCCAUAAUGUGCCAUAAAAAAGAAUUAGCAAGCAUGUAUUUCAUUUCAGUCCCAUUGUAUCUGUCUGUAUUCUGAAUCGACAAUCUGGUUUAAAUUAAAACGCGGAAAUAAAAAUUCCAGUAUGAGGCUCUGUCAUUCGGACCCUUUUGUCAUAAACAACAGUUUCUAGACAAUAUUGAGGAAUAAGCUGGUU